AUGCAGCACCCAGCGGUUGCACGAGACCACCCUCCAGCUUCAGUGCAACCGCUUCAAGAGGGAGGAGGCACUGCCCAUCCUUUUGCCCUGGAACCCCAAUCGGACGCUGGAAGCAGUCCCAGCUCUCGCCCUGGCAGACUCGUGCUUCCUAAGAUCGCUGCGAUUGGGGAUGCAAAUCUCAGGCCGCUGCAGGUGGUUGAAAGUGGAGAAAACGGAGAAAGGUUGGGCGAUAGGACAGUGCAGCCUCCAUUGGGGAAGGAGUCGGAGCACAAACGUGACCAUGCAGGGGCCCAUCCUCAGGAUGAUCUAGUUCAAUUAAGCCCGGUACAAAAGACGGAGCUUGUGAGGCCGUCCAAAAUAUGGAGGUUUACCUCCCUUCCAAGCAGAGUCAACCCCACAGCACUUACUGACGAGGAAGAAGACGGCCAGGGUACGGACCCCUAUUCCCCGGACUCGCCAGCAGAGAAGCGCAGGAUGCAAGUGAAGAAAUUCAGCUUGGAAAAGUUCAAAGCGGCGAGUCCGCAAGGAGUGGUGAUGAUGCGCAACAUGACAAGGGCGAAAACUCACAACCGAAAAAUUCUGCAAGGUAUCCCCGAAUUCCAAUCUGCGGUUUCAGACUCCAAGCGGAAAAGCAAGCGGACUGAGCCAAGUGCUGAGGCUAGAAGGUCCUGGCUUCAUCAGUACAUCUAUCGCAUCUCCGAUAGCGCAAUCUUGGUGGUGUUCUUUACCAUAUUGACGGUGUACUCUCUGCUGGGGGACGACUUCCGCGCUUGGGUCUGCCCUAAGAGUUCUGAUGCAGCUUUUCACUGGAUGACGGGCUUCUGCCUGGUGAUGUUCUCCCUUGAGAUAAUGAUGAACUCCAUCGUCGUCCCCCGAUACUUCCUGGGGUUCUACUUCUUCCUGGACCUCAUCUCAACCGCGUCCUUACUUCUGGACAUCCCGGCGGUGGCGGACGCGAUCCUGGGGUAUGGCGCAAAUAAUCCUGCGACGAUCUUGAGAGCUGGACGUGCCUCGAGGGCGGGAGCGAAGGCAGGUCGGAUCAUACGGAUCAUCAGGCUCGUUCGGUUGGUGGAUGUCCAAAAGGCAGUUCACAAAAACUCGGAAAGCAAACAUCAGAAAGAGAAAGCAAAGGCCUCGGAUCUGGACGUCCUGGAUUUGGACACCAAGCAGAGCCGAGUGAGCCACGUGCUGUCCGAGAAAAUCACGAUCCACCUCAUCGUCAUCGUGCUGCUCAUGCUCCUCGGCAGCCACAUCUUCUUCGGAGGCCACUUUGGCCACAUCCCGGACUUCAUGCAGCCGGGCCUUGAGACCCUCCACGACAUGUACGUCGAUCUCUUGCCGCUGUACGGCAACUUUACGGCCAUGAGGAACAGCAGCGUGCCCUUCCAAGUGGUACUGGGGGUCUACAGUCAUACCACGAGGCCCCUCCUCAAACUGGUAUUGAACGGAACCACGGUCCUAGACGAUCCGUACCGGAUCUCCCAUUUGCGGCCCAGCAGCGAGAUGCAUUUGAUCACGUACCGAAACAGUGAAGCGGACUUUGACACCAAACAAGAUGCCACUCUGGCGGGCCUCCUGGGAUUCUGGCAGACCAUUUUUGUGUGCUUCGUUCUCGGUUUGGGUUCCAUGCUCUUCAGCAGGGACGCUCAUAACAUCGUCCUCCUACCCUUGGAGAGAAUCAUCAAGAGGGUCAAGGAUAUUGCGGAGAACCCACUCAUGCAGCAGACUCAGUUCGUUACAACGAGUGGCAUCGACGGCACGAGCGCAGAGGUAGAGACGCGCGGCUUGGAGGCGUCCAUCGGCAAGAUCUGCUCGCUGCUGGCCAUCGGGUUUGGCGACGCGGGCGCGGAGAUCAUCGGCGAGAACAUGAAGAAUGGCGGGGACCUGAACCCCAUGGUGCCUGGCCGAAAGGUCAACGCUAUUUUUGGCUUCUGCGACAUCCGGCAAUUCACGGAGACGACAGAAGUGCUCCAAGAGCAGGUGAUGGAGUUCGUCAACUGCAUCGCAAGGAUUGUACAUAUGGAGGUUUCGUUGCACGGCGGCAGCGCAAACAAGAACAUUGGGGAUGCCUUCCUGCUGGUCUGGAAAUUUCCAGCCAGCAUCGACUACACCGGGGGAAUAUUUGAGAACGAAACGGACAAAGUGGAGGUGCAAAGGGUUGCGGACCGCGCGCUGGCGGCUUUCUUGGCCAUCCAGGCAGCACUGAGGCGCAGUGCCAAGCUGGGCCAGUUCUCGUACCAUCCGGGCCUUUUAAAAAGGUUCAAGGUGGACCGCUUCGAGAUCAAGAUGGGGUUCGGCCUGCACGUGGGGUGGGCCAUCGAGGGUGCCAUCGGGUCCGAGUACAAGAUCGACGCGUCGUACCUGUCACCCAACGUAAACAUGGCGUCCCGCCUGGAGGCCGCCACAAAGCAGUUCGGCGUGCCUCUGCUCAUGAGCGAGGCGUUCUUCGACAUUCUGUCGCCCAAGACAAGGCGGCGCGUGCGCCAGAUUGACACCGUGUCGGUCAAAGGGAGCGAGAUGCCGGUUGGCUUGUUCACCUACGACGUCAAUGUGGAGGCAAUCCCAAGGCCAGCAAGCUUCAUCGACCCCAACGUGUUGCAUGGGCCAGAGGACAGCCCCAGCUGUCAGGACUUCGACGACGAGUUUGAGGAGCACGAGGACAUCGUCAACAUGACCGUCAAAGAUAAUGAGUUCCUCUUUGUGUACAAGAAGGGGCUCGACAUGUACAAGAUAGGCAAGUGGGAGGAUGCUCGAACCCACUUCGAGCAGUGCGAAACAAUGCGGCGAGAUCACCGGGGACAUGUGCUCAGGGACGGCCCGAGCCGGACCCUUCUUGACUAUUUGGCAACGCACAACAACCGGGCACCGGGUAGAUGGAAAGGCUAUAGGGAGCUCACAGACAAGUAGCUUAAGCAUAGGAGUAGUUGAAAAUGCGGAACAAGUGCAUGACGCACUGCACUGUACUUACUGAGUAGGAGUAGGUUAGAAGGACACGCUCGCAAGCUGCGACAGGCAGAGUUGAGGAAUCGGUAUUGAUUUGCAGCCCCAUACGGUCGGAAUCGGUAACGAGAAAUUGUAUAUUGAGAGCUUACUCUGGUAAAGAGAGUGAUUGUUGAUCCUCUUUCGAUGGAGCACUGCGAUUUCAGUGUUAGGAGAG